CUAUCCAUGUGGGAAGCAGCUGAAGCUGGAAACUUGUCUUCAUUGAUAUAUCAUAUUCGGAACCAUUACCAGCAAGGCGGCAAUGACAAGAAGCUUAAGGAACUUUUAAAUGCACGCAAUCCUUCUACAGAAUAUACACUUCUUCAUACCGUUUUUUCAGAGCAGAACCGCAACAAAAAUAUACAUCCUAUACUGAAACUUUUGCUGGAGCAUGGUGCUGAUGUAUCUACCCCCAAUGUGUACAAUAUAUAUCCAAUACAUGCUGUCUGUAUGCAUUAUCCAGAUCCAUACGUUUAUCUAGAGUUGCUUUUGAAUUUCAAGGCGAAACUCAACGUCCGUGAUGGUGAUGGAUGGACGCCGUUACACUAUGCCGCGCGCUUUUCAGUUCCCCCAGGGCCUCCAAUGAAACUGCUGAUUGAGCGUGGAGCGAACAUCAACUCCACUUGUGGCUCACAUAAAACCCCUUUAUUUUCGCUAAUAGCAAAUGGUGAUUAUCCUAAAACUUUGGAUUGGUUGAUCCAUACAGCUCGAGCAGAUUUAACAAUUCGAGGUGAAUGUUUGUUUAAUCUGCCGCCCGCCCCAAAAACACAAGUAGGCACUGUUUUGCUUCAAGUAGUCAAAUUUGGCCGAAUUGAGUGUUUAUCCUUGUUACUUCAUUCUCCUGUCGCGAUGGCACAGCUAUGUCGCGCGGUUGACGAGAACGAAUUGCAGUAUGCUCAGCACAUUGCACGU